UGCAGUUGUUUCUGCAAUCAAAGUUUUUGCAGAAAAAAGUUUUGUUGUGAUCUUUUUGCACAGAUUUUGUAAAAAUGAAGAAAGUGCUCCGGUUUUUGUUUAUUUUAUUAAGUGGGGUUAUACCAAUAUGCAAGUCUUUUGACAUCGAAGAUGGAGUGUCAUUUGCAGAUAAAACAACAUUCGCGCAUAAUUUUGUUCGCGAUUUACAUUUGGUGCAAAAUUUGGAAUGGGAUGCUGAUUUAGCAAGCGAAGCACAAAAAUAUGCUGAAGUUUUAGCAGUAGAAAACUCAAUUCAGCAUUCGCAAGGUGCCAAAAAUGGUUACUAUGGAGAGAAUCUUUACAAAGGGUUUGACGGAUUUAAAAGAACCAAAUCGGUCGCUGAAGCCGUCUAUUAUUGGUAUUUGGAAAUAGGUUUAUAUGACUUUAACAAUCCAGCACCGAAUCUAGAAGAAGUUGGUCACUUCACUGAGUUGGUGUGGCGUUCCACGGGAAGAGUGGGGUGUGGUUACUCCGUCGCCGAGAUGUAUGGCGGGUUGAUGACGUAUAUAGUUUGUCGAUAUCGACCGCAGGGAAAUUUGGAUGGAUUGUUUUUACAAAAUGUUCUACCACUCAGAAAUGGAGCCUUUAUACCCAACUCACCAAAUCAAUUGGAAGCUCCUAUUGGAUGUAUAGAUACAUUUCAUGACUGUGUCAAUUGGUUGGGUGUAUGUCGUCAACAAGUAUUUCGUGGACUUAUGUUACGUUACUGCAAGAAAACAUGCAACAUAUGUUAAAUUUAUCAAUGUGUCACACGGGAACUUUUUUAUUGAAUCGGAAGGUUUUUUUAGUUCUUUAGUCACUCUACGUUUCCAAAAUUCUAUUUUCAUGUUGAUAUUUUUGGCUCGCCAAAAAUUUAUAGUUGAAAUUUUAGAUCUUAAACUACUCUUCAAACUAACAUCAAUGUUAGAAAAAACUAUAUAAUAAGUUUUAAUUUUUUCUUUUUUUAUGGAAAUGAUUGUUUUUAAUUACAUCUAGAAGAUAUCCACCCAAAACAUUUACGCAAGGCUCAACUAAGCUACGUUCACCACAGUUUUUAAAUGGUAGAUGAUAUUAUUAUGCGUGUUGAGUCAACCCAUCUGUUAAAACUAACUUGAGUUGAGCCUGAGACAGUUAUUUCAGGCAAAAAAAAUCAAAAUUAUUGAGAAA